GCGAUUGGUCAGAAUGCAUUUCAGUCAUGACAGAGCAUAGCUAUUCGUUAACGAUGAUUUGACUAGAGCGUUGGCGCCUUUGUAUUAUGUUGCGUCCAGUUACGGAGAAGAGUUCCACGUUACGAUUGGUUGACGAGUUCAUAUUCUUAUCGUAUUUGUGGUUGUGAACAUGGAGGUUUCUCACUCUGUGAAGGAGAGGACAAUAUCUGAAAACAGCUUGAUCAUUCUUCUUCAGGGACUUCAGGGACGUGCCACCACUGUUGACCUACGGGAUGAAAGUUCAGCCACAGGUACUGUCACCAAUGUGGAUGCUUUCAUGAACAUCCGAUUGGCCAUGGUCACCUACAAAGACAGACGAGGGAAGGAGACAGACCUUGAGGACAUUUUUAUUACAGGACGUAAUGUACGUUAUGUACACAUUCCAGAGGAUAUGGACAUUAUGCGCACCAUUGAAGGACAGUUGCAGAAGAUCCAAAAUAUUCGUGGAUUUGGUGGAAAGGGAAGAAAAGAGUUUCCUGCGAGAAAACCAAAGUGAGCCUUGGUUUCAAAAACAACUUUAAGAAAAGCAUCAGUUUAUAAUUUAACUUUAUGUGGAAAAUUCUAAUGCUUGGAUUUCCAGGCCAGUGACUGAGAAACUAAUAAAAGUGAACAUAAUGCUACAGAUUUAAUAAAUGUUUGAUUUUUAGCAAUUUAA